AUCCCUCGGUGCGAGGCUUUAUAGGGAGACGGUGCCGGCGACCUGGGACUUGGGAACAGCGCUGGCAUUUGCUCCGUCCAGCCGCUGGUGUGUAGCUAGGCUCAGACAUGGCUGCCGGAGAGGAGGGAGGGCAGGCGAGGCAGAUCGACCGUGCGAGCGAGCCGGCGGUGGCCGCGAGGAGGAGGAAGCCGCAAGGGUGGAAGUGCAUGCCCUUCAUCAUAGCAAACGAGACGUUCGAAAAGGCGGCCUCAUUCGGAGUGGCAGCAAACCUGACAACGUACCUUGUGAAGCGCUUCAGCAUCGGGCAACUUCAGGCGACCAACAUAACCAACAUCUUCUUCGCCACGCUGAACCUCACACCACUGCUAGGCGCCUUCAUCUCCGAUUCCUACCUGGGAAGGUUCAAAACACUAGCCUAUGGGUGCUUCGCGACCCUCCUGGGGAUACUGGGGGUGACUUUGACUGCAUCACUUCCUGCCCUCAAACCGGCGAUAUGCAAUCAAACAUCCCAAUUAGGUGGACACUGCAAUAGUCCAUCAACACUGCAGCUGGGAGUGCUAUACCUUUCCCUAGGGCUGCUAACUAUUGGUGGUGGAGCAAUACGGCCCUGCAGCUUACCUUUCGGAGUAGACCAAUUUGAUCAGACUGAUGAAAAGAGUCGAAAGGGCCUAAAUAGCUACUAUAAUUGGUACUAUGCCACAAGUACCGCUGCUCUGGUGUUCUCUAUGACUGUUCUCAUCUACAUCCAGACAAACAUCAGCUGGGCAAUAGGAUUUGGCAUACCCACAUUCUUCAUGUUUUUCGCAAUUAUCAUCUUCUUCGCCGGUGCCAGAUUUUAUGUCCAUGUACCACCAGAGGGAAGCAUCUUCACUGGAAUUGCGCAAGUUUUUGUGGCAUCAUUUAAAAAGAGAGGACUCAAUCUUCCAUGUUCUUGUGACAUAAGCGAACAAGAGUUGAUGCUCUACAACCCUCCCACAAGGGGCAUCCGCAUUUUCAGACUGCCACUUACUUCACAAUUCAGGUUUCUGAACAAAGGUGCAAUUAUGCGGGAUGGUGAUAUAAACGAUGACGGUUCUGCAAGAAACUCAUGGGAACUCUGCAGUAUCCAGCAAAUAGAGGAAGCCAAAUGUUUGAUAAGAAUUGUGCCUAUUUCUUUUUCUGGCAUCCUAUGUUUCGUUGCAUUGGCUCAACAAUUCACCUUUAUAAUAUUGCAAGCGUUUACCAUGGACUGUCACCUAGGGCCACACUUUGAAAUUCCUGCAGGCUCUGUUACAUCCAUCUCACUUAUUGCCCUAAUUGUGUUCAUCCCCAUUUACGACCAACUUAUGGUACCGCUUGUAAGAAAAUUGACUGGGCUGGAAGGUGGAAUUACACUCCUACAGAGACAGGGUGUAGGAUUGGUGAUUUCUCCAAUUUCUAUGGUGGUAGCAGGACUUGUUGAGCAUAAAAGGAGGGAUUCAGCUUUGUCUAAUGGAGGCAUAUCAUCUAUGACAGUUUUGUGGCUUGCACCCCAACUGGUUUUAAUGGGUAUUGCUGAGGCCUUCAACGCAGUUGGACAAAUAGAAUUCUACAAUAAGCAGUUUCCAGAGCAUAUGCAAACCCUAGCAGGAUCCUUAUUGUUCUGUACUAUAGCUGGAGCAAACUACGUUAGUACUGCGCUGGUAAAAAUCACAACAAAGGUUACUGCCAGAAAUGGUAACACAAGCUGGUUAACAGAAAAUAUCAACAAUGGCAAACUUGAUUAUUACUAUUAUUUUAUUGCCAUCCUGGGAGUACUGAAUCUUUUCUACUUCCUUGUAUGCUCUCACUAUUAUCAAUAUAAGGUCAUGUCAUUCCAUGCUGAAGAGUCCAUCAAAACACAUGCCAAGGAAGCAGCAGCUACAGAGAUCGAGAUCGUCACAAGUGCACCAAGCAAAUGAAUAUUUCAAGGGCGAUUUAUAAUAUGCAGACUUAGUGACAAUUAAGAUUCAGUUUGUAAGAUGCCUUAUAGUAACAUAUUAUCUUAUGAACGUUAGAGAAGAAGUGAAUUACAGUUCAGCCAGCCAUGGUGACUCUGUUAUCCAGACAACAGUAAAUAAGGUCUAUUAUUUUGGAACUCCAUUAAGUUUUAACAAAGUCUGUCAUACUUCAGUAGAAGCUAAGGAUGCCUGUAAUAUGUGUAACAUGUAAGCACAGGCAGAGUACACCAAUUUCUUCACAGA